AUGGAAGAGGAGAGGGAUUGUACUCGCGACUCGGAACUGGGAAGCUACUUCACUACCACUGAGCCAAGGGUCUCAUUCGGAUUCACUACCUCUUUCAGGUCAUUACAUACCUAUUUCUCUGCAAAUAGGUCUUACCCCAAUCGCUACCAGAAAGUUUGAAACAAAAAAGCGAUGGAAGAGUGGGGAUUGAACUUGGGACUCGAAACUGGGAAGCUAGUGCACUACCACUAGGCCAAGGGUGUCAUUCACAUGAUUUGUUGGAAAAAGUACCUCUUCCCUUCUUUAAACUGCAUUUUGGUUCCACCUUCAACGGCUGCCAGAACGCUUCCAACAAAAAAGAGAGGGAAGAGUGGGGAUUGAACUUGGGACUCAAAAUUAAGAAGCCAGUGCACUACCACUGAGCCAAGGGUGUCAUUUACGUUUACCACUGUUUUCAGCAGAUUUUGCAAAUGUAACCUUUCCCUCGACCUCCAACCACUGCCAGAAAGCUUUCAACAAAAAAGCGAUGGAAGAGUAUGGGGAUUGAACUCGCGACUCGAAACUGGGAGGCUACUGCACUACCACUGAGCCAAGGGUGUAAUUCAAAUCCACUACCCUUUUCAGCUCAUGUUUCGUUAAAAAGAUACCUCUUCCCCUGAUUAAACUGCAUUUUGGUCCUACCUCCAACCGCUGCUUAUAUUCUCAGCCUGCGAUUAACUUUCGCGGAUCUCCGGAAAAAGAUUUUCGGCUUAUCCGCCGCAAAUAUUGAAGCAUUUUGUAACAACUGAUGGGAUUUUCAACAGAAUUUACGGAAAUUCCAGAUAAAAUUAGGGAUUUUAAGCCGUCUGGUUGCGGUAUUCAGAGAAUGAAUUCGAAAAAGAUGAUUUUUGAAGAAGAUUUUUCUAAAGUGUACGACAUGCUUUUUAGGCUAGAGAAAAAAUAUUGUGAACUUGAAAAAAUUAAAAAUUAUUGGGAGACUUUAAAGAGAGCUGGAAAAAUCAUCAAAAUUAUAUAAAAUAGGUUAUUUUCAGACUUUGAAUCAUUAUUUUUCAAAAACUAGGGCAUCUUUUGAUAUAUCUAGGAAAAUUUUGGCCAAAUAUCAGAGAAUUUCAAAUUUCACACUAAAUAAGUUCCCUUGUAGGAUAUCAUUUUUAGAACCUUUUAAAACCUUUUUUAAUUUUUUGUCACAUAAAAUUCUAAAUUAUUUUCAAACCUCGCUUCCACGCACUUCAAAUCUUAAGUUUCCAUUCCAAUAAUAAAAAAAACCAACAGUUCUUUGUUUCUACAAAGAAAGAAAAAAAACGCUUCUGACGCAAAGAACGGCCUCCCCGAGGCGGAGUCGUGAGCUCAGAAAAAGUGGGCGGAGCCUGAGCCAAAUGGUUAUAAAAGGGGCCGCGUGGGGACUCUUGGCUUGAAACUAUUCAAUCCCAGAAAGUACUUUAAAUUCAUGAUUUUCGAAGUUCCCGUGGACCAUUUCCCUAUUGGAAACUUCAGUUUUGCUGUCCCUAGGCCCGAUUUUACAGCUUCGAUGGCCCAAGCGCUCAAAAUUAGGACGACGCUGGAGAAGAUGAAUGUGACAGGUUCGGUUUGAUUUUAUUAUUAUUUUUUUCGUUUUCGUUAGUUUUUUUGAAGAUGUUGAGGUUGCAUUAGAAGUCCAAAAAAAUGCUAUUCCAAAUUCUAUGAAUUUAUGGAACCCCCGACUAAUGGCUUUUUGAUUAUUCUUUUCUUUUUUUACAGUCAUUUUUAAGAACUCAAAAAUGUUCAAAGCUCAAGAGUUUUCCAUUUUUUACCUUAAAGACUUCUCAACGUCUUCAAAAUCCCAAAAGCCUUAUUUUUCAACCUUAUUAAUCCAGUCCAUUUUCAGAAUCCGAAACGCCUUCAUCCCCUCUUCAAUUCGCCUUCAAACUUCCUCCGCGAUUCUCUCCCAAACCUACAGCUUCUGCGCUCCAACGCAAGCGAACCGCAUCCAGCACAGUGA